CAAAUGUCUGACAAGCAAGCACCACAGAUCCCGAAUCUUUUGUCCCUUCGAGGUACGCGCGGAGGUCGUGGCAGAGGUAGAGAAGCACACCUUGGCAGCUCCUCAGUCGGGGCGCAAACUACUUCGAAGGACAAGAUAGUUCAGCAAACGGAUCAGGAUGCAUCCCUCUCACGGAUGAGCGCAGUUGCGCUCGGCUACUUGGACGACCCUUUCGCGAAAUACUUUGUGCAGGGAGAGGUCCCAAAGAGAUAUCCCAUCAUCAAUCGUGGAACCUAUGUGCGAUCGACUGCGAUCGAUGAGCUUGUCAAUCGCUUUCUAGCUACGGAUAGAGACUGUUUGAAACAAAUUAUUUCUCUUGGAGCCGGGUCAGACACCCGUUACUUUAGGAUCGUUUCCAGAGAUCCGUCUCUGAAGCUUGUCUAUCAUGAAAUCGACUUCGCAACGAACACAGAAUCGAAGAUAGCAGCAAUCAAGCGGUCGCCAGACCUCACGAGAGCAAUCCAUACUCAUCUCCAAGCAAACGCUGAUGAUGACCUUGAAAUAUCCUCCAACGGGGCUAGCCUUCAGUCAUCGAACUAUAACAUACAUGCCCUGGAUCUUCGAACCCUUGCAACAGUUGCGUUGGGGGACUUGCCUAAGCUGCCGAAAGUGUCUCCAACGACGCCCACUUUGCUCCUAUCAGAAUGCUGUCUCAUUUAUCUCCCUCCAGCGGCUGCAGAUAGCGUGCUGAACGUGUUUGCUAACCAUAUUAUAUCACAAAGCACGCCACUCGGCGUAGUAAUCUAUGAGCCAAUUCGCCCUUUUGAUUCCUUUGGACAAGUCAUGAUUUCUAAUCUAUCUCAGCGCGGCAUCGUCCUGCAAACAAUUCAAAAGUAUGCGACCCUUGAUGCUCAGAAGUUGCGACUACAGGCUUCUGGUUUCGUAACUGGCCAACAAGCCGCGGACGUGGACUUUUUGUUCAACCAUUGGCUUUCGGACGAGGAGAAGGAGAGGAUUGGACGGUGUGAAAUGCUUGAUGAACUCGAGGAGUGGGUUCUUCUCGCCCAACAUUAUUGCAUUGCCUGGGGCUGGAGAGAAGGGACGAACGAUGGUGCUGACGUGUUUGGACGAGCCUGGAACACAUUGCCACUGCAAGCUAAUAACGACGGCAUGGAGCGACUUGCAGGAUGAUUUUCAUCCGAUUUUUGUUUUGCCACUCAAUGUUACGAUGCGGAAUCGUCAGCGGAAGCACCACUGUAAGCUUAAUUAGUCUUGAAGUUUUCGGAACUUCCCUGUAAAAUCACGUGAUAAUCCCUUUUUACUGGUGUAUCUCGUAGGCUCCCUGGAUCGACAACUGCGAGCUGUUACCGAUAAGCGUCACC